AUGGCGGACCCUCCUCAACACUCUUUUGCGUCCGUCUUUCGUCCCGGCUCGAGAAGUAGUACAUUUUUCAGUCCCAGUACUCACACGGCCACCAUAACGGCCACUCCGACAACGACGCCCAAGACGACGACUCGAAGGUUUGCCUCGCUGAGAGGCGGCUCGAACUCGUCUCGUCUGAAGAAGCAGCAGGCCCAAAACCUCGCUCCAGCCCCGCCCUCGACCUCGCACGACGAGCUCGGCGACAUGAUCGAUGCCACCGGUCCAAAGUCGAGACGCGAGCGUACUCUGAUCGGCACCGAAUGCGCCGCAUGCGAGGAGCCGCUGGAACACACGUUGCGCGGAGAGCGCAUUCUGCAGCUGUCGUGCGGCCAUGUCGCUCACGAAGCUUGCUUCUACGAGUUUAUCAAGGAGUUUGAGUCCCAGGAAUGCCCUUCGUGUAACGCUCCACUGGGCCUUGACACCAGCCGAGGCGGAAACCUGAACUUUGGUAACACAAACCCCACCAUCUCGACCGCUCUGUCGGUCGCUGACAACCUCUCAGCCAAACUUAACAACCUCGUCAACAAUCGCAGCGCAAACAGCCCCGACUUGCGCGAUCGCACAAGAGAUUCCGAUAACAAUCCCACGCCCUGGGACGACCCGCCUCGCCAUACCCACCAAACUUAUGCCUCGACUCCAAGCCAUGCUCAUCACAGUCACGAUUCCGUCCAAAGCCAUGCCCACCACAGCCACAACUCGGUCCAGACUGCGAUCCUGGAUCCGAGCCCGCGUCCACCAACACAAGCCAGUUUCACGCGUUCCCACCAGCACAGCAACAGCGUCAACACGCACAACACGCACCUCACCCACACCAACAGCCAUCACACUAGAUCUGUCGAAUCGCGCCAGCACGAGAGAAACAACAGCCAAGCCACAGACGAGUCUCGCAAUCGCAGGAUCGAAUACGAUCUCCAGUCCAUCGCUGCUGACAUUCCGAGCCCGCGGCCCAACAUCAAGAACCCCAUACCUGCUCCUACUGUCACUGUCCGUACAGAGUUCCCCACACUGAACCGAAGCCGACAGCAGCAAAGCUUGACCUGCCUGAUUACUGUCGAAGUUGUCGAUGGAAAAUGGCGUCCCGAUCCCGAGGACAUCGUUUCUCCUGCUGCCGACAGCCUCGACAAUAUGUCAAUGCCUCGUUCUCCCGAUCCCCAGAAGCAAUUUGAUCUGCCCCAUACACCGUCUCACGUACUGGAUCGCGUCACCGAGGAUCUGCAUACCAAAGUCGACAAUUGGCAUGGUCUGGACUUUUCACGAUUCGGCCGUUUGCUACUCCAUGGCACCAUUCGCGUAGGCAAAGAUCGCCAGUCAUGGCAGGACUUGGAGUGCUAUCUUUUCACCGAAAUGCUCAUUUGCAUAAAGGAGAAGAAGCCUCAAAAUCAAUGGGAGACGGCCUCGGAAUCUGCCAAGAUGAGGACCAAGUGCACUCUCAAGGGUUCCAUCUUGAUCAAGAGACACUUGAAGCAGGUCCAGUUUGUUCCCGAUCACGACAUACUCACCCUGAAUCUCUCAGUCGCCGAGCUCCCGCAUUUCCACCUUCAAUUCCACGAUCGAUCGCAGCUGGACAUCUGGCGUCGCGCCCUUAUCAGUAUCAAUAACAUCGAGAUGGGCGAAAGCGACGAAGACUUUGAAACUUCUGGCACCGAAGACGAAGAUCUGGCCUCUAGAGGAGGUAGACGUUCCUCUAUCCCGUCUUCGUACGGUGCUGGUAAAUCCGCCUACACCGCACCCACGGAAUACACCAGCCCUACCUUCCGAGGUACACAUGGGUUCAGACUCCCCAUGGCUAUGCACGUUCCUCUGGACAUUGUCGUUGUCGUACCGCUCUCUUCGUCUAUGCAAGGGCUCAAAAUCUCUCUGCUUCGCGAUGUCUUGCGCUUCCUCGUAAACAAUCUUGGCGAGCAGGAUCGUAUGGGCCUUGUCACCUACGGAUCUAGCGGAGGCAGCAUGCCUGUCGUGGGAAUGACAUCCAAAAACUGGAAUGGCUGGUCUAGAGUUUUCGAGGCAAUCAAGCCCAUCGGACAGAAGAGCUUGCGUGCCGAUGUUGUCGAUGGCGCAAACGUAGCCAUGGAUCUCUUGAUGCAGAGAAAGGCAGCCAACCCCAUCUCUGGAGUCAUGCUCAUCAGCGACUCCACAACGUCCGAGAUCGAGAGUGUCGAUUUUGUUGUCUCUCGCGCCGAAGCCGCAAAAAUCGCGAUACAUUCAUUCGGUCUAGGUCUCACGCACAAGCCCGACACCAUGAUCGAACUCUCAACCCGCACCAAGGCAACAUAUACAUAUGUCAAAGACUGGAUGAUGCUUCGGGAAUGCGUGGCUGGCUGUCUGGGAUCCCUGCAAAGCGUUUCACAUCAAAACGCUAAGCUGAAACUGCGCUUGCCCGAAGGCUCACCUGCCAAAUUCGUCAAAAUCAGUGGAGCGCUACAAAUCACAAAGCGCGCCACCGGUCGCGAUGCCGAGGCCUCAUUGGGCGAUUUGCGCUUCGGUGACAGGAGAGACAUUCUUGUGCAACUAGCCAUUUCACCCGACAACUCGACUCCCGAGCAGGAUUUGCAAGAUCCUUGGGAGACGAUUGUCUCUGGACUUGAGGCUCUUGGUGGACCUCUUGACCAGGAUGAUAUGCGUCCAGUCUCUGUCGAGGAAGUUCCUCUCAUUCAAGCCGAUCUUGCUUGGGGCGACAUUCUUCGCGAAGGCAAUGUCACUCAGCUUCCCCGCCCGUCACUUCUUGCGAUUACCAUGCUUCCUCCGGUCUCGAAGAAGGCCUCGAUGAGCCGUGCAGCAACUCCGCCAAUUCCUCCCCACCCGUCUGUGGUCCAACGACGCAUGGAGCUGCUAACAUCCGAUAUGCUCACCCGAGCUUUGACAUUGGUUUCCCGAGGCCAACACGAAAGAGCUUGUCAUCUUCUGACAGAGACCCGCAGUAUAUUGAAGGGUCUCGGAAAAGGUGGACUUCCUCCUCUCCCACCACCUUCAGCGCCACCGACUGCUCACUAUCCACCAUCGGGCCCACCUACGGGACCUCUUCCACCGCCUCCCAUAUUCAUGGGGACUCCGGUGUCCAUGGAGCCCAGACGCACCCCUACACCACCUCGUCUGGAGCCUCUGAGCCCCUUUACUCCCGCCGCAGGCAUUGAUGCCGACAUCAUGUCAGCCCUCGAUACGGAGCUUGCUGCCUCCUUGGAGUGGAUCAAUCACCCUGCCGUCUUCGGCCGUGACAGUCGUAAAGCUGUCUUGCAGGCUAUCGGUGUGAUCAGCAGCCAGCGUGGUUUCACCAUGCGCACUCCAGCUGAAAGCUUGUGGGCCACACGCGUGCCCGGAACAAGACGUCUCAAUGACCGCAGCCGCGAGUGGCGCGAGACUGGAGACGAGCUCCUUGCCGAGGAGUCAUAG